AUGUUGUGUGGUGUGUGGGGCGGGGGGGAGGAGGAGGAGGGAGUAAAGCCGAGAGAGGAGACGGGAGAGAGACACCACACACACACGGCACAAGAUGGCCGGAGAGGCAGCAGCACCCCAAGCUGUCAGGCGCUCCGCCGCGGCCGCGGGGCCCGCCGGCCGGCGGGAAGCUGCGCCCGGGCGGCCCGCAGGCCCGCGGGAGCGAAGCGGCCGCGGCUGAGGCGAGAUGGGUCGCGCGCCGGUGUCGGAGCCCGCGGCAGAGGCUCCCGGGGCGGCCGGGCCCACGACGCCGAAAGCGCCGCUGCGGCAGCGGCCGGGGAGGCUCCCCGGGCCCCCGGCGGCUCGACCCGGAGCGGGCGGGAGGCUCGGGCGGGCGGCCUGGCGCGGAACGCGGGUGCGGGCGACCAGGAGGUGCCGACAGCCGCGCUCGGACCCGGUAACUUACAAGAUUAAAAUUAAAUUUGGUUGAUGAUGGUUCUGAACAAAUACAGCUCUUUUAUUUGAGGUAUGCCAUUUUGAAGACUGAGACCCAUGGAGUUUUAUCCUUGAGUAUAAAGGAAAUGUUUGCAGAAGUCUCUAUUUUAUAUAGCAAAAAUGUGAAUCCAGAGACUGAAUUCUCUAAAGGGCCUGUACAACGUAGUAGAUGUUGGUGGAAGCAUUUAGUAAGUUUUAUUUAAUUUUCAUGUUUAAUCAUGUUUUUAAAUUUUGAAUGAAUUUGGAAAUUUGAAUAAUUGAGUCAGAGUUGUAGAAACAUAAAGGGAUUUAAUGAAGCUCAAAGCAGUACAAAAAAAAACCCUGGUUAGGUGUGUGUGAAGUUGAUUAAAAUUUUGUUUACUCCAACCUGUUAUUUUCUUUCUUAAACUCUCUGACAGAAUGCAAGGUAACCUAUAUUUGAACCUACUUCCAGCAUUUCACCCUAGAUCGGGGUGUUGGUAAACUCCUCCCUACGUUUGUAGAUAAAGUUUUAUUGGAA